AUGUUGAGACACUUCAUAAAUGGCAAGGAGUUGGUAAGGCAUGCAGUCACCCGAUUUGCCACUUCAUUUCUCUCUUUGGAAAGGCUUUAUGAGGAGAAAGAAAAUUUGAGAAGAAUUUUCACCUCGGAUGAAUGGGCAAAGAAUAAGUUGUCAAAUGAGGCAAAGGGGAGGGAGGCAACAAAGAUUGUUAUCAUGCCCUCUUUUUGGAAUCAUGUCAAGUACACCCUUAAGAUCAUGGGCCCUCUUGUUCGGGUGCUUAGACUUGUUGAUGGAGAGAAGAAGCCACCAAUGGGAUAUAUUUAUGAAGCAAUGGAGAAGGCAAAGGAAUGCAUCAUGAAAACAUUUCUUAAUGAUGAGAGCAAGUACAAUGAUGUUUUUAAAAUCAUUGACAACAGAUGGAAUUGCCAACUUCAUCGUCCAUUGCAUGCAACCGGUCAUUUUCUAAAUCCCGAGUUGUUUUAUGACAACCCUCGGAUUGAGCUGGAUUUAGAAGUUACAAAGGGGUGGUUUGAGUGCAUCACUAGAUUGGUGCCAAGUCAAGCUGUGCAACAGAAGAUAUUGGAGGAGCAAGCACUAUACAAGGCCGGCUAUGGACUUUUUGGAUCAGAUUUUGCAAAAUCUCAAAGGAAAAAGAUUUCACCCGCAUUUUGGUGGCGGACAUAUGGGCAUGAAGCUCCAAACAUGCGAGACCUUGCUAUCAAGAUCUUGAGCUUGACUUGUAGUGCUUCUGGAUGUGAGCGUAAUUGGAGUAUAUUUGAGCACAUUCAUACUAAGAAAAGAAAUAGUCUUGAUCAUGAAAGUAUGGAAAGUUUGGUCUUCAUAAAGUAUAACCAACAACUCAUCGAGAGGUACAACCUCAAAGAUGAAGUUGACCCUAUUACACUCAAUGAUAUUGAUGAGUGUAAUGAGUGGUUAGUGGGAGAAAUUGGGACUGCCACCUUUCGAGAUGAUAGUGUGGAUGAUGAUGCUGAUUUCGUUCAUCAAGAUGACAACACUUUGAGUUGGAACCUUGUUUUUGAAGCAAUGGGAGGACAUGAUCCUACAACAAAUACUAGAAGACAACAAAAUAGGAAAAGAAAAGAACCUGCAACUGCAAGAGGUGGUGCAAAAGGUGGACCAAGUGGGUCUAAGGCUUCAAAAAAAGGAAAAGGAAAGGCAGUAAUCCGCCAUUUCCGCCAUUUUCCGCAACGCCAUCCGCUAUAA